AUGUCAUAUCCUAUUAAAUUAUCACCACAAUUGAAAACAAAAUCUGGUAAAGAUAUAACUAUUGGAAUUGGAACUGGUACUCAAUGGAAAAGACCUAUAGAUAAAUUAGAAGGUAAAAAUUAUAGUGAAGAAUUAGUGAAUCAAUUGUUAUUUGCUUUAGAUUCUGGAUUUAAUCAUAUUGAUACUGCAGAAGUUUAUGAAACUCAACCAGCGGUUGGAGAAGCAAUUAAAAGAACUAAAAUUCCAAGAGAAGAUCUUUUUAUAACUUCAAAAUAUAAUGGUGGAUUUUUAACUUUUAAAGCUCAAAGUAAAUCAGGUAAAGAAUCAGUUGAUAAAGCUCUUAGAGAAUUAGGAACUGAUUAUAUUGAUUUAUUUUUAAUUCAUUCUCCAUUUUUCACAACUGAAUUAAGUCAUGGACAUACAUUGGAAGAUAUUUGGAAAGAUUUAAUUGAAGCUAAGAAGGAAGGCAAGAUUAGAGAAAUUGGUAUUUCAAAUGCUGCUAUACCACAUUUAGAAAGAUUAUUUGCUGUUUCACCAGGUAAAGAAUUUUAUCCAAAAGUUAAUCAAAUUGAAUUUCAUGCUUUUUUACAAAAUCAAUCAAAAGAUAUUGUAAAAUAUAGUCAAGAUCAUAAUAUCUUGGUUGAAGCUUUUUCCCCAUUAUCUCCAAUUACAAGAGCUGAAAAUAAAGCAUUAAAUCCAUUUUUAAAAGAAUUAUCUACAGAAUAUAAAAAAACAGAAGCACAAAUUUUAUUAAGAUAUAUUUUACAAAGAGGUGUAUUACCAAUUACAACUUCAGCUAAUAAAGAUAGAAUUAAACAAUCGUUAGAUUUAUAUGAUUUUGAAUUAAGUGAUAAAGAAGUUGAAGAAAUUGAAAAAAUAGGUAAGGAAAAUCCAUUUAGAGCUUUCUUUCAUGAAGCAUUCAAAAAUUUAUAG